AUGCGACAUCACACCUUUUCUGAUUUCCACCGGAUUAACAGCUUUGCUAAUCUUCUUGAAGCCUUCCAUGACCAUGGAACGUGCCAGUACAGUAGCAGCAAUGUCAAGAAGCAAAUUGAGUUGAAGUCUCGAGGUGUGAAGCUGAUGCCCAGCAAAGAUAACAGCCAGAAGACAUCUGUGUUAACUCAGGUUGGUGUGUCCCAAGGGCAUAAUAUGUGUCCAGACCCUGGCAUACCUGAAAGGGGCAAAAGACUAGGCUCGGAUUUCAGGUUAGGAUCCAGCGUCCAGUUCACCUGCAGCGAGGGCUAUGACCUGCAAGGGUCCAAGCGGAUCACCUGUAUGAAAGUGAGCGACAUGUUUGCGGCCUGGAGCGACCACAGGCCAGUCUGCCGAGCCCGCAUGUGUGAUGCCCACCUUCGAGGCCCCUCAGGCAUCAUCACCUCCCCCAAUUUCCCUAUUCAGUAUGACAACAAUGCACACUGUGUGUGGAUCAUCACAGCACUCAACCCUGCCAAGGUGAUCAAGCUGGCCUUUGAGGACUUCGACUUGGAAAGGGGCUACGACACCCUGACGGUGGGGGACGGCGGGCAGGACGGGGAUCAGAAAACUGUCCUCUACGUCCUGACAGGUACGUCGGUCCCAGAUCUCAUUGUCAGCACCAACCAUCAAAUGUGGCUCCUCUUCCAGACCGAUGGCAGUGGCAGCUCCCUGGGAUUCAAGGCUUCUUACGAAGAGAUCGAGCAGGGCAGCUGUGGCGAUCCUGGCAUCCCUGCCUACGGCCGAAGGGAAGGCUCCCGGUUCCGCCACGGUGACACACUCAAGUUUGAGUGCCAGCCUGCCUUUGAGCUGGUGGGGCAGAAGGCAAUCACGUGCCAAAAGAAUAACCAGUGGUCGGCUAAGAAGCCAGGCUGCGUGUGUAAGUGAGCGGGGAGGAGGCCGCUUUGGGGUCUUCAUCAAGAGGCAGGGGGCCCCGUUUCCCAGCUAAUUCCAGGGCCCCAUCCUUGGGAACCUUGCGGGUCAUAACAACAGCUUCUGGUUGGUUUCUUUUCCUCCCAGCGUUGCUGGUUGGGUCCUCCUUUCUGGCAGUAACGUAGACUGUGGCACCGAGAAUGAUCGAUCUUGACAUUUGGGGGCCUUCUUCAACAUCUUCCCUUCAACGUCUUCCCUUCCGUGGUGAUCCUUGAGAGCAAGGUAGAGGCCACUGGGGCUUGGCCCACCAGGCUCUGAGCCAGACAUUUGCUCCUCGCUCUUGUUGCCGCCAGUGACACCAUACAAUCAAACCAGGGUGGAAGGGACGGGCAAGUUUGUAAGACUGUCAACUCUGUACCAGCCUCUGCGUACUGUGGGAAACCACAGCCUUGCCAGGAUAUGAGAAGCUUUCCUCAGAUUGC